AUGAAUUAUAGAUUCAUAAGAAUGCCAAAAGAGUAGAUAUCCAUAAGAAGGUAAACUGCUCUCAUCCAAGGAAAUAUUAUAAAGAAUCACUAACGAUUUAUUAAUGAGAAUAACAGUGGAAUGCAUGAAUUUGACACUUUGAGUAAUAUAAACGAAGAUUAAUUUAGAGCAACUUAGCAAAAGCUAAAAAUAUCCCAGAGAGCCAGAAAUUCAAAACUCAAACUUCACGGUUCACUAUUUGACAAACCAUCUACUGCAAAUACAUCUUAUAGAAUAGAAAAAAGAGGUUUAUUUAGAAAUGAAGAAUUUUCAAAUAAUCUAGGGACACCAAAAUACCAGUCAAAUGUUAAUUCGAACGAUAGACAGAGUAAUAACCUUAGUAGUUUCAAUAAGACUAUGAACUAUGAUGAUAUUAAGAAUUCUAAUCUAUCUGGGUCUUAAAGACUUUCUAAAAGACGUAAACAAAUAACUAAUUAGAUUAGAACAGAGAAUACUUCUCCUCAAAUUGGAGAUGGAUCUCAUAGAAAUCAGCAACCAUUGAAUUCUUAGAAUUACUUUGGUAAUUCAGUUAUAAUUAAUGAUACUUAUCAGCAAAUUUAAAGGUCUCUCUUAAUUGACAAAAAGAUAUUGAAUGAUUUAGGAGAAAGAUUGGUAGUCCCACCAUUUAAGAAUAAUAAAAAUAGAAAUCUUAAUGUUAAAAAGCCUCAUCUCCUGAACAGUAAACCUACAAUUGAGAGUAAGCAGUUCUAGAUUAAUACAAGCAGAGUAACAUAUCCUGAUAGCACUUUAGAAACUUAAGCUAAUACUGCUAGGUAGCUUAGGAUCAAUGAUAAAAGAAAGGAAUCUGUAGACACAGUAAUAGAUAAAGAUGUAGUGAAGUAAAAUAGUUACUGGCAUUUGUAAUCAACAAUGGAACUAAAAAAUAAGUUGAAGGACUUAAAAUCAUCAUUCAACGGGCUACCAAGCAAUUAAAACUAUGAAAUUGACCUAAAUCAUCUCUAUUAAACUGUAGCAGAUGAAAAAUAAGAAAUACCAUUCACGAAAGAUAAAUAAAGCCAGAUUAAUCACAGUUGCUUUAUGAUGGAAGAAAAAAAUAAAAUUCUGGAAGCUUCACAAAAGGAACAGCAUUAGAACUUUAAUGAAAAGAUUUAGGAUUGCACUAACGUUUACAGAUAAAUACUAAGAGCUGCAAAUGAUUUGUCUGGGAGAAAAGAUUUAGUCAAGCAAAUGUCUGUGUUUUGGAAAUCACUAGUCUUACUUCUAGAUAUCUUGGUAUAUAGAGAAAUUUAGUAGUUUGAUCAAGUUUAAGUUGAAAUAAAAAAUGAGAUAACUUAAAAGAUUGAAAUAAUAAAACAAGACUUCUCAACUGAGAUUGAAAAAUACAAAAAGGAUAUUGGUGAGAGAGACUUCGAGAUAAGAAAACUUGAAAAUAUGAUUGAUAAGUACAGACUAGAUGUAGAUCAUCUUCAAGGACUAUUGAAGGAAAGAGAUUAUGACUUAUAAAAACUUUAAGAUCCAUAUAGUCUUAUGGAAUUGAAGUGUUUAAUGGGAGAUCUUUAAAUGCAUAUUGAAGGUGUUUAAACAGUUAAAAAUUAGCAAUUUAGAGAAAUGAAAAAUUUUGUCAAUUUACUUGAUAACUAUGAAAAAGAUUACAAAUAAAAGUAAUAGCUUUAAAGAUUGAAAAUUACCCUUCCAAAAAGGAAAUUAAAAAAGACUACUCAAGGGACAAGUCAGCUAGAUCAUCAAUAAACAUCUCCUAACUAGCAAUCAAAUAAUGUGAUUAUAAGAGUAUAGAAAUAAAGUGUGACAAAUAAAUAUUCAAGCAAUAAUGUAACGCCAACCAAAGGAGAAAACUCCUUUGAUUCUUUCAAACAAAUGAUAAGCGAAGAUGAUGAGUUGACUCCCACUCAUAUAAAUAAAGUGCAAUACAAAGAACAAACUCUUGAUUUGCAUGAUUUGUGGUAGCGGAAUCUUGAUGUAUUGAAUGAAUAAAAAAUGUGCUUGGCCCAGCUGAAGGAAUUGAAAAGUUAAAAUAUAGCUCAGGAUGAUAAACUUUUGGAGAGCACAGUUACAAGCUACCUUGACAAACAGAAAGCAUAUUAGCAUGUAUCAUCAUUAGCCUAAAAAGAGAAAAAAGAAUAGCAAACUCAAACUGAUAAAAUUAAUUUUCCUAGAAAUUCUUCAGAUUAAAAUAUGAGUCCUUCAAAAUCUAAGACAUUUUUUAAAAAGCCGACUUUUUCUCCUUAAAAAUCUAAAUUUGGAGGACAAAGUGAAUUCAUUGUGGGAGUAGUGAGUGAAAGAAUAAACCAGCUUGCAAAGAAAUUUAUGAAUAAGAACCCAAUAAUGGAGAUUAUCAAGCAAGGCAUUAUGAAUACUAAAAAUAAUUAAGGGGGAUAGUAGCAAUAAUAACAGCAAGACACAAAGUAGAUGACUGAAUAAAACAUAAUUAAAAUUCUAGAUGAUGCAAUGGAGAGCAAGGUAAAGGCAGACUUAGACAUUGAAAAAUUAACUUUUGAAGAAAGAGACUACUAGAUUUUUUCAGUAUAUCUUUAUGACUCACUACUUAUGCAAUAUGGUCUAAAAACAAUUGCCAAUAAAAACAUUAUAUAGAUGAAUAAUGGAUUAAAGCUUUUCACAGGGACACCAUUUGGAUCCCUAAUCAUGAGAAUAUUGGGACUUUAGGAGCCUUUUAUGCUAAAAGAUUAAGUCUCAAUAGUAGUUAGAAGUCAUUUGUUCUUUAAGGAAGUCUAAUCUGACUGGGUAAAGAGAAUGAGUUUAAAAGGAACUGAUAAAAUACCUGAAGAUACAUUAAGUAACAUGAGAAAUGGUGGUGAAUGUAAUAUAUUUGAUCUAAUAGAUGAACUAAGAGUAGCAUUCAAGGACGACAGAGAGCUGAAUGACAGAAUUCUAUCCACUUUAAAACCUGAUAACUACAAAGCACUUGAUUAGAAAGAUAAGAAUAAAGUUAAGAAAUUCUAAAUAGAAUUCAGUAUACUCAAAAUAACUACUAGAAUAGCAAAACUUGGCAAAGAUCUCAAAUACAUUUAUGAUACACUUGAUAAAGAUAAGAGCGGCUCAUUGGAACCUAAUGAAUUACUAUUUGGGCUAAAGAACAAUUUCAAUGUGAUUUUGAGUUAUGAUGAAAACCAGGCCUUAACAAAAUAUCUUGAUGAAGAUGGGAGUGGUGAUGUUGAUUUCUCUGAAUUUGUUAAGAAGAUUAACCUUGGAGAGCUAUAGUAAAAGAUAAAUCAGUACACUAUAUCAAAAGUCUCUUUCAUUGACUUGAUGCUAAAAGAGUGGGAUUACUACCUAAAUAGGGAGAAGAAUAAGAUAAUAGAUUUGUUUAAGGAGUAUGAUGAUAAUGGAGACGGUGUUCUUGUUUUAGAUGAAUUUGAAACAUUGAUUAAGAUCAUUGAACCAACUAUUAAAAAGAAGAAAGUUCUGAAUCUAUUCAAAUAAACACUAGAAAAAUUUGAGGAAAAUCAAAAUGAAGAUGAUGCACUCAGUCCUGAUGCAUUCUGUAAUAUGGUCUAAUAUAAUAAGCUUGGGGGCUUUGGCAAAGAAUUCUUUAAUGAGUACUUUAGAAGCAAAGCAUAGUCAAAUACUAAAGUAAAGAAAUCAGCAAGAUGA